AUGUCCAUCUUCAAUGUUCCACCACCCGAUUACACAUCGGUCGCUCAUGAACCCAUUACCGCCCCCGAAGACUCUGUAAUAAUACCUCGGCAACCUGUUGUGGAAGAUCACCAAUCGCUACCCCUGCCGCCACCAAGUUCGACCGUGCAUACCACCGAUACAGGGUCUUUGGUAUUGUCAUGGAAUCCCGCGCAGUUAUACGCCGAACCGCCGGCGCCGAUCACAAGGACUACUAGUCGCACACCUACACAAUCUUCAGAGGGAUCUGCUUCUCGUGUAAAUCUAGCCCGGCCACCGUCCCCCACACCGUCAGAGAACCCCCCAGGGUACGUUGAGGCAAGGAUACCGACCGGACCCGUGUUGUAUACAUUUUCACCCUUUGGCCAUAACUGUAUGAUUCUCGUGCCCCCUCCCGAAUCGCAGGAUACUCGACCACAAUACCACAUCUCAGUCGAUGUGGACUGCUUCAACCCGUUAGUCCACAUUACGACGGUUAGACGAGGGGCGAAUGAAUACGGUGACCAUGUUGCUGAGUUCGAGAUGGGUAUAUCCAAGUCUCCUGCGACUCUUAGCAUUCGAGGGAAACACUACAAGCUGAGCGAAGCAAUGCAGAAGAGGGGGUCACCCAUGUCUCGUUCAUGGGCCUGGCAAUUCGUUCGCCAUAAGUUGUAUUGGGACGGCAGCAAGCCUAUCGAGUGUAAGUGCUACGCAUCCCCAGAGAAGACUACGCUCUACGCAACGUUCACACCCGCACGACGGCCUGAAGUUCGUACUCAACCCAUCAUUCAAGCGCAGUUGAAGAUCACACCAGCUGGUUAUCCCCUCUUCGACGACAUACUUGUUUCUGCGUUGAUUGUGGCGCGAUGCCGUGCGACACCCCAGGACAAUGACCUGUUCAAUUUCCAGUGGUGA